CCAGUAGUCAGAACCACCUUGGCCGUGUUGCUACCAGAACCAGAUCCAGUAGGCUCUGCCCUGCGUCUCCUCAGAGGAAGCUGGUUCCAGCUGCCGGGGUCCAGGUUCUGGUACCAAACCUGGACCCCGGUUCAUCAGGUGUAACCAUGAAUAAACCAAAGAAAAGGAGAAGCUAAAUUCCUUCAUCAGCUGAUGAUGUCAUCCAGAGAAAAGUAUUCACACCUGCUAACUCUGCAGCAGCUGAUAACUUUAACAUUGCACUGUUGGAUGACCUUUGACCCGCCGAAGGUUCUGUUUCCAAUGAGACCGUUUGGACCUGUUGGAAGGGAAACGAGCUGAGCCAUACGCUCCGAAUGUGUUCGGUUCUGCCCGUCCUGGUGAUCGGAACCGCAGGUCAAGCAGAUGUAGACCAGCAGCUUCCCUGAUCAGACAGCGACACCUGCUGGUCACCCGCUGCUCUGCAGGGAGCCGAAGUCACAACGUUCCUCCAGCCUAGCAGGUUCUGGAGGAACUUUAAGCAGGUGUUGCAAAGUCCAACACCUGCUCGUUUCUGUGAGCAGGAUGCAGCAUUGUUGGUGUUUUGUUUUUUGAUUUGUAGGUUAUUUCAGGGAAGUCUGUCUUUGAUGAUGUCAGCAUUUCUGUUUAUACUCUGAGAUGAAGGUUUGAAAUCACUAAUGUUGUAUCUUUCACUGGUUAUAAUUAUUCAUGGUAUUAUUCAUGUCAAAGUGGUACAAAAAUUAGGAUUUAAUUUGUAAUGUUGCACAUACAUCCCUCAUAUGGGCUGGGAGACUUAGUGAUGCUUGAACAAGCCGUUAAAUGCCAACAUUUUAUGCUGAUAAAAAAAGUGAGAAUUUAAACAAACAAACAAAAUGUGUUAAUUCGCUGCAAAUACAAACAUUUCACUGACAAACCAGAUUACAUGAGACUCCAAGGGAAGAGAAGAUUAUUUCCAAAUGAUUGUUAUGAAUUGAACUCUGGUUUCUCCUACCGCUGUUUUGACGCGUUGCUCUGUGAAGUUUGUCCCUCUGCGGAGGCCGUAGUUGUGUGCAAACAUGGCGGCGGACAGCGAGGAGGACUUUGUUAGCUUCGGGACUCCGCUGGAACCUCUGGAAGAAGACGAGCCGCUGAAGAAGCCGGUGCCGCUGCACGAGCAGACGGUGAAGGACGAGAGGGGCCGGUACCAGCGGUUCCACGGGGCGUUCACUGGAGGCUUUUCAGCAGGAUACUUCAACACGGUCGGAUCCAAGGAAGGAUGGACCCCUUCGACCUUUGUGUCGUCACGGCAACAGAAAGCUGAAAAGCACCAUGCCACACCUGAGGACUUCAUGGAUGAGGAGGACUUCGGUGAGCACGGCAUCGCCCCCAGAGAGAUCACCACCAGCCAGGAGUUCUCGUCCAGCCGCAGAGACCCGGCUGCAGAGAAGGCGAAGGCCGUGGGCGCUCAGGUGGCGCUGAUCCCUGGGGACUCGCUGCUGGAAGAACUCAUCGCUCCGGCCAGGUCCUCCGUCGGCGUGGAGCUGCUGACCAGGAUGGGCUGGAAGGAGGGCCAGGGGAUCGGGCCGCGCCUGAAGAGGAAACGCCGGCGCCAGCGGCCAGUGACAGCCGGAGUUUGUAAAACCUACAGCUGUGCGGCGCCCCCUGCUGGUUCGGAGGAGUCAGAGGAGGACGACGAGGAGUUUGCUCCAGAGAACGUGACCUUUGCCCCUAAGGAUGUGACUCCGGUUGACUUCAGCCCGCGGUUGGGGCUGCAGGGCUUGGGUUACAGCGGUCUGGACCCGGGCCUGGCGCUGCCGGGCCGGGACGAGGACCAGCACGUCCACCUGUUCCGGCCCCAGUCCGAGACCCGGAGCCGGCUGUUUGGAGACCGACCCGGCGGGUCCAGGAGGGGAGGGGUCGCCGGGCAGGCCUUCGGUGUGGGAGCGCUGGAGGACGAGGAUGAAGACGUCUAUCACAGAGACUCCAUGUCCAGAUACGACACGGUGCUGAGAGAUGAGGAGCCUGGAGACGGCCUUUACGGCUGGACAGCUCCGCAGCAGUACACCUGGAGGACAGACCGAUCCAGAGACGCAGCGUAUCUGGGGAAGAUCCUGGACGGGUUCACUCUGGCCCAGAAGCCUCUGCUGCAGAAAACGGUCUUCCCUCCACCAAACCUCCCCAGAGAUUACCGUCCCGUCCAUUUCUUCCGUCCUCCAGUGGACGUGUCCAGGCUGUGUGGGGUCAGCACUGCGCUGGCUGAGGCCCUCAGGAGCUCCAGGGGUCACAUGGUGAAGGAGGAGGCGCAGCAGGACAGCCGCCACCAGCUGGACUCUGGCCAGAGGGGAGCGCUGCUGGGAGAGGACGCCCUGCAAGGUUCUGGUUCUGCGACUGGUUCUGUCAUGGACCUGCUGCGACCCGAGGACCGCCAGCGCCUGCUCAGCCUCCGGACCGCCGCCGCCCAGAGGCCCCAGGCAGCGCCCCCCGGCCCGGCUCCGCCCCUCUCCGGCCUCCAGCAGGAGGCAUUGGCGGCCUGGAGAGGCUCCUCCUCUUCCUCCUUCUCUUCCUCACAGAGCUUCAAGCCGUUUGAGAAAAUUCCGGGGAAGCAGGCGCGCUACGAGCGCUACCUGAGCAGCCUGCAGCAGGGCGACGCAGGAGCCCUGGAGCAGAGUCUGGACCCGGCCAUGACAGAGUGGGAGCGCGGCGAGCGCGAGGAAUUCCUCAGGGCCUCCAUCUUGUACCGGCCGUCUUCUUCCUCGCUGUCAUCCCGCUUCACCCGCGCCCAGCAGCCGGACGCCGAGGACGCCGGGAACGCCGAGGACGCCGAGGACGCCGGCUGCGACCAGCAGGGCGGCGCCCAGCAGGCGGCCAGCAGGACGUUUGGGAAGCUGACCAGAGAGACUCUGGAGUGGCAUCCGGACCGGCUGCUGUGCAAGAUUAACGUGCCUGACCCGUAUCCCGGCUCUGACUCUGAUUGGUCCCCAGGUCAGCUGGUCGGGCUGCCGAAGGUCAAAAGGGACAAGUUUUCCGUUUUUGACUUCCUGACGGUCUCGGAGCGCCAGGAGGUGGCAGCUCCUCCAAAGCCCCUGGAGGAGAAGAAGUCCAGGUGGGACGUCUCCAAGGAGACGGGCCGCAUCCAGAACCAGGCCAGUUCCGAACCCACUGGGCCGACGCCAGACCGCCCGUCUCCUCCUCAGGGGGCGCCAGCAGAGCCACACACUGCCGAGGAGGAGGGGGAGGAGGAAGAGCGGCCGCCCAUGGAUCUGUUCAGAGCCAUCUUCAUCACGUCCUCCGAGGACAAGUCCUCCUCUUCAUCAGAGGACGACGGUGAUGAAGAGGAGGAGGCAAAUGGAGACGAAGAACCAGUGAAGCUGUUUGGCAUCGUCUCCUCUUCCUCCUCCAGCCGCCUGGCAGGUCCUGUCCUCUCAUCCUCUGUGGAUUUUCCCAGCAUGCCUCUGGCUCUCAGCUCCUCUUCCCAGACCCCAAGCCGGGAGGCAGAGGAGGAGUUUGGACCCAAGCUGCCACCUCCUUCAGCAGCUGAUGCCACAGGAGGCGCCACCACCGCCUACCAGAGGAGCAGCCGGAGGAGCAAAGAAGAGAAGAAGCAGAAAAAAAAGCAGCAGAAACACCGGAAGGAGAAGAAGAAGAAACACAGGAAGCACAAGGCGAAGCAGCAGAAGAAGAGUCGGGAGGAGGAGUCCAGCAGCUCUGAGGACGGCGAAAGCAUUCAGCCGUCCACAGGCGACCUUUGAGAAGGUCAGAGGUCACAGAGAGCUUCAGGGUUCUGUC